AUGGCCUACAACGCACCGCGGAACAAACGCGCCGCCGAGGACUAUGUCCGCACCCAUGACCCAGACGACUACAGCCAACCCACGAAGAAACCGCGCUUUGACGUGCGUAACCCUUCCGCCCUCGCGCCCGACGCGCUCGAAGAUGACGCCGUGCUGCAAGCCGACGUCAUCGGCGCUCGCGGUCAACAGGUCAAGCGCGGCGCCGUGAAUAUUGACGGCUACGAUUCCGACUCAGACAAUGACAAUUUUAAUGCGCGGGCCGAUAGGAAAGCCAAGGCGAAGGAAAACGCGGAGAAGGAGAAGUCCAGAGACGAAGAGGAGAAUGAUAUGUUCGCGGAUCUCGAUGAGGAUUUCAAGGACGGUGACGACUCAGAAGGUGACGUCGGACGAAGGGGCGGACAGAAGAAGGCUGUACGCUUCAUCGACGCCGAUGAAAUAGAGGGCCAAAUCCAGAGUUCGAAAAGUGGUGGUCACGUUUCGGCCGACUUUUCUCUGAGCGGGCGAGGAAAGGGUAAAGGCAGAGAGCAGGACAAUGACCGUGAAAGCAGUAGCGAGAGUGAGGUGGACGAUGAGACCCGAGCAGACACUGGCGAUCUAGACCCUGAACUAGGCGCCGGAAGCAAAAAGAACCGCGCCCCGAAGCUCGAUGCUUUCAACAUGCGUGCAGAGCAGGAGGAAGGCCGGUUCGACGAUCAAGGAAACUACGUCCGCAAAGCAGCAGAUCCCGAUGCCAUCCAUGACAUAUGGCUGGAGGGAACGUCCAAAAAGGAUAUGAAGAAAGCAAAAGAGGCCGCUGAAAAGCGCGAGGAGGAGCGAAGAAAGCGUGAUUUCGCAGACGAACUGAAGUCCACAGGAGACGUGCUGGCCGAGCUGAUCCCUCUGCUGAACCGUGGCGAAACGAUCAUUGAAGCUCUGGCUCGACUUGGAAAAGGCAAGGACAAGAAAGCCAAGUGGCUGAACAAGAACAAGCACAAGAAGCAGAAUGGAGCUUCUGACGAGGAUGAUGCUGCGGAUCAGCUUCGAAAGCAGAAGGUUGAGACUAUUACUGGUGCAGCUGAUUUUCUUCUCACCAAAGGCCAAGCUGAAGUCUACGACGACGAACGAGAAAUGCUCAUGCGACAAUACCGGAGAGAAACCGGGAACGACUGGAUUGAUCCCCCGCAGGCCGAUGACGACGAUGCUCAUGAUCCUGAUGCUAAGGUACAAAUGUGGGAGUUUCGAUGGACCGACGCUCGCGACGGCGGCGCAAUCAACGGCCCGUAUGACAGCCAUACUAUGAGACAAUGGAAUGAUGCUGGCUAUUUUGGCGAGGCUGUCGAGUUCCGCAAGAAAGACAGCGGUGGUGGCUGGACCAGAGUGGCCGAGUUCGCCUGA